CCACCUCGCUGGUUCGUCCGUCCGUCGAUCGCAGUGGUCGCAGCGCGAUUCGUACAAGUGGAUACGUAAUGGCGAAUUAUAGUUGUUAUUUACUCGCGCCGCACACAGCGAAGUGAGGGAGCGGAGAGAAGCGAAUCGAAGAACUGUUCACGGUGCGUCAUAUCAAACUCAGUCUCGCGUGUCGGUGAAACUGUAUACGCGAACGAUCGUGAGUAUCGCUGUUGUAUAUGUUGAUUCCUGGGAUCGAGACGGUUAUCCAAGCGCGUGCACGAAGUGAGAUCGAGAGGGAUCGUCCGCCCCCCGUACAACGCCGUACGUGUCUUGUAGGCGCGCGGAGGACGAGCCACGUGUUGUUUCGCGAUCUCGAGCUGUCGCGUCGACCGUUCGCAUUUCCGCGAGAUAAGCUCUACCGGCCUUCGGCGACUAAUCCCCCGUAAUCCACGCGACAAGGUUAUGAGAGUUUUCCGCAACGGAAGAUCCCGCGACUGAUCCCUCGAUUUGAUCGUUUUACCGCACAAAUUCUAGCAGAUAUGAUAUUGAUGGAUUGGUCUAUCUCACUGUAUUAGCGACAAUCCAAUCCUGAUCUUUAUUAAUUGAGAAAAGAUCAUAUAAUUGCCAGCGGUUAAGUGUUGAAUAAUAUGGCACAAUAUUUUAAUGUUGUGACGAGUCCCAGCGGUACUUUUACAUUUGAGGAAGUACCGAGAUUCUGCGGGCAACGGGUUUUAGUUGUUGAAGACGUUAAUAACAGCGGUAAUGGUUCACAACAGGUUGUGACUUAUGCUGCACCACAAAACAGGCAGGCAAUAUUCUCCCCGCAAACUAUUAAUUUAGGGAAUCAAAUAGCUGCAACACGAUUGGAGCAAGGGCAAAAUGUUUUUAUAAUCAAAACAAAUGACAUUGCUACAACACAGGCCAUAUUAAAAUCUAAUACGGUGAAUGCACAUGUUGUUAAUGAAAAUAUAGUAAGCAUUGCAGAUAAUACAGGUACUAAAACGGAAUGUAAUAAUGAAGGGCAACAAGUACAGUGGAUAAAAAUGCAAAAUGCUACAACGACAAAACAAACGUUGCAAGAAAAAGAUUCAACUGCCGUUAUAACUAAAAAUAACGUACAAAAUAACAUUGCAUCACCACCACCUCUUUAUGUAAAUUCUGGGCAAACAGAAAAAAAACUAGCCAAAUCUUAUAAUAAAAAUCAACAGUUGUCCAAUAACGUACAGACAGGUGCAACAUCUCAAACUCCAGAUGGAGCAAAUGCAAGAAUUACAUCAGAAAAUAGAAUUCAAAAUUCUACUGUGGUAGGAAAUUCCAAAUUUGCGAUGCCCAUCUCCAACAAAGCUGUCAAUUCACUGGGACAGACUGUAACUGUAAGACCAAUUCGUGCUUCUAUUCGUGCUUCUGAUCUGAAUACGUUACGGCCCGUAGCUAUAGUUCCUCCCGAAAUCUCUAAAACACCAACAAGGAUACAACCUCCUGAUAUGGAGCAUUUGAAUGAACAAAUCAAGCAAGCCAAGAAGCAAAUGCAAUUACAGAGACAGCCUGUCGAGAAAUUAAGGUUUCAACAAAAUAACGCACAACGACAACAUUCUAAUAUUGCGCAGCAUCCAGUUCAAAAUUCGUCGAAUAAUCCCGCGCGUCGCUUGACCCUUGCCUCGUCUGCAAAUUCUGUGCAACAAAGAACGCAGCAAAUUUCGAUCCCUUCGCAAAAGCAACAAAUGCAACAAAAAUCAUCCAUGGUAACGUCGCCUCCCUCUUCAGCUGAACAUAAUAUGCACGUUAGUAGUACUAGUAUGGAAGUCGAUCCUCUGGAAUGCGUGCAGGAGAAGAUACAUGUGAUACAACAGGUUUCUUCGCCACAAUCGGAACACGAAAAUAAUUCAAAUGAGAGCGUUGCUUAUCUUCAAAAAAUUAUUAAUGAUCCAUCAACUGCCAUAGUUCAACAUCAAAUUAAAGGAAAUGAAGCAAAAAUGUUAGUAAUAUUAGCUAGUGGAGAACAGAGAUUAAUCACGUUUGAGAUACCAAACGAGGACUGCACUGUACACGACCUAUUGGAUCAGGUACGUGCAGUCUUGGGUCAGAUAAACAUUUCAUUCUCUGGUAAACCAACAGUUUCCUUGGUAGAUGAUCCCACAUUGGGUAUAAAUUAUAUAGUGGAAGAAUGUGUUGGAACACUUAUAUCUUUUGAUGGCAAUGAUCAUAGUGAUUGUAAUUCUGUUCAAGAAGUUGUAAGCUCUACUACAACCACCGAAAAUUUAUCACAAAAUACCAAUGUAUCAGAUGAAAACAGUAAUGCAUCUUUAUCAGCUGAGGAGCCUAUUUACGUCAAAGGAAUGCUUGCUCUCUGUCCACACUGCGGCUACAGUUCACUCCACUUCAACCGAUGUGAACGAUGUAAUACAAAAUUAAAUGAGGAAGUCAAGUCGAUACCUAUAGCAAAAAGGAAGGAGAUUGGGCUGCCUGUCGAUAUAUUCUAUAAAAAAAAUAAUGAAAGAAAUGCCAUAAAAAUAGAGAAAAUGGAGCAAGAUGGUCCUAUAUCCAAGCGUCUCAAAGGAAAGGGUAGAGCUAAACCAAAGCCUAUUCAUAAAGAGCCAGAAUGUUUGACAAUAUCCUCUGACGAAGAAGAGGAAAGUAGAAGUAAAAAAAUUGAAAGCAUUAAUAAUAAUCCACCAUUAAGCAACACAAGUAACGCUUUUAACGAAGAUAUGGACACGAUUCUGGAAAAAGAACCAGUAAUUACAAACAAUUCUAUUUUUAAUUCAUAUAAUGAUUAUAUGGUGCAUAAGGAAAUAAGCAGUAAAGGGAUAUGUGAUAAUCAGAGCUUUUCAGAUAAUGAACAAUUACCACAGGUUGCUAUAGAAUGUCGAACGGUCAGAAUAGGUUCUUAUAAAUAUAUUCCUCGGGAAAACGUAGUGAUUUCCCAUAGUGGUGUAAGAUUUAGUGUACCUUUAUUAGAAGAUGCUACAAGUUUUGUUACUCUGGAUGUGAAAUAUAAAGAUAUAGUCAAACUACUGAUUCAUUCUGGAAAGACAAUGCCGGUAUUAUUCUUUUAUACAUCUCCAAGUGCAGCCGCCAGGAUACGCGAGUUAUUAGGAAUGCAAGAUCCAAAAGGACCAUAUUAUGAUCCUGCUGGAAAAAAUCAUACACAUAGACGUAUUACAUUAUUGUCAGACAAAUUACCAGACGAUUCGAAGUCCAAAUUAACGACUUUAUUUUCACGUGGAAAUAAAAUGGACGAUUUGAAUCCUAAAGAAGCAAAUGAUAUACUUUUACGAGCUUCGCCCAGAGAUAAUCAACAACAGUCGAUUAAUACUACUACACGAAAACAGAGUCAAAGCUCAGUACCAAAUACUGUCAGUGUCAGUGACAGCAUACAAACAAUAACUGUAUAUCCACCACCUCCUGCAAAAGGAGGAAUAGCCAUCAAUACUGAAGAUUAUUUAUGCCUUGCAGAAGAUCAGUUUUUGAACGACGUGAUUAUAGAUUUUUAUUUAAAGUAUCUAACUUUAGAGAUAUUAUCAGAAUCUGAUCAACAUAGGACUCAUGUGUUCAGUUCAUACUUUUAUAAACGUUUGACCAGUCCACAUGCUCAAGCUGCCGAAAGCAUUGUGCCAAUAACGCCUGCCGCCAAACGACACGCAAGAGUACAGAAGUGGACAAAAAAUGUCAACAUAUUUGAGAAAGAUUUUAUUAUAAUUCCUAUCAACGAACAUGCACACUGGUUUUUGGCUAUCAUUUGUUUUCCUGGACUGGUUGGAAAAGUUUCCACAUGUGCUAUGAAAACAAACGAAGAUGAUGUUCAUAAGAUUGUGAAAAAAAGUAAAAGGUUGAAAGAAUUGAAAGCAAAAGCUGUUACAAUUGGUUCUACAACUAUCACUCCUGUACCUACGACCAUAACGAUAGAUCAGCCGGAUGAUGGAUCUGAAAGGGAUGAAGCUGAAGGUGAUGAUGAGGAAAUGGAAAUGGACAGCGACGAAGAGGACGAGAUGGAACAACCAGAAGAAAAUAAAAUCGAAACUCAAGUUAAAAUUGAACAACAAAAAGAAACUAUCAAAAUUCCUUGCAUAUUGAUAUUUGAUUCACUUGCUGGAGCCAGUAGAGCACGAGUAGUCGCUACAUUAAGAGAUUAUUUAACUUGCGAAUAUAUCGCUAAACUUGGUGUAGAAAAGACAUUCUCAAAAGAUACCAUUAAGGGAGCGUGUCCGAAAGUACCUCAGCAAUCAAAUUUUACAGAUUGUGGAUUAUAUGUAUUACAGUAUGUGGAAAGUUUUUUUAAGGAUCCAAUUAAAGAUUAUACUUUGCCAAUUAAAACUUUGAAAUCAUGGUUUGAGGAAAUUAUUGUGACAAGAAAAAGAGAGGAAUUAUCAAAUCUAUUAAUUAAAUUGAUGAACAAUACCAAAGGGGAUAAAACUAUUAGUUUGCCUACUGUAAAUUUCCCCACGCAAGACGGUAAAUUGAAGCCGAAGAGCGAAACUCAGACAGACACAAAAGCAGCAAAGUCAGAAGUAGAGAAUAAGAAAAAGCCUACAAAUCUAGAUACAGAAACACGUAUUGUCUCAUUUAUGGCAGAAAAUACUGAAUCAUCUAAUGAACUUGUUAGUAGUAGAACUUAUAAAAUCAUUCCUUUUUCUCUAAGUUCUAAUUCGACCGAGAGUAAUGCAACGGAAAUGAACUUGACUGAACAAAAAAUUACAAGAUCAUCGAGUGAAACGAUGUCCUAUUUAAAAAAUAAACGAAUUCCUAGGCUAGUAUCAAGAACGCAGAAUCAAGAUGAUUCUCCUGUUACUAAAAAACUCAAAGGAGAGUCUUUUAAUUCCUGUAAAUAAAUGUUUUUUUUUCUACAGUCAUAAGAUUAAUGUUAAUCCACAUUCAUGAAAUAUACGAAAUCAUUUAUUUCAACCUAUAUAAUAAAAUAUGUAGUUAAUUUCUU